AUGAUCAACAAGCCAACACAAGCACAAGCCUAUCCGCAUGACCCAAUGCGGUACAACGUUGAGCUCAUGUUUGACAUCAUGCCCGUCAAACGGUCUGCGGCCCGCCGUCCAGUAGUCCGAGGCAAGCGAGGGAAGUUCACUGGCAGUUCUUGCGGUCUGACAUCAGUGGGUUCAAUUGCAGAGCUGCGCGGACAGCUGAAGGAGACAUCUGGCCACAACCCUAGCUGA